UCGCGCAGCCGCAUUGCCAUGUAAACACAACUGUCGCUACUGGCUGUGGUUUUUAUAGCUAGCUAGCUAGCUAGGUUAAACUAAAAGAGGUGUAAUUUUACCCGGGCUCUAGUUCUGGCUCUGAGAUUGUUACAUUGUUAUCAAAGAAACAAGGCUAAUUUUCUGCAAUAUGUGCUGUGGUCAGCUAAUUAGGUGCAUCAGCUAAGAAGGUUAGCUAGCCGUGACGUUAGCUUGUAACCUAACGUUAGCGUUUGUGACUGGCUUUUUAACUAACCUCGCUAGCUUAACGCUAGCUCGGUCUUUAUGCAAAAUAAUAGCCAGUUACCUUAAAUUGUCUGUGUAGUUAAUUAUAACAGAUUAUUAUUUUAGUGUUGCCAAACUGGUUAGUAGUAUCACAUCAAUAUUCAACAUGAUUGGCUAGUCAGGAAAGAUUAGUUUGCUAACUCAGGUGAUCGGCCAUUGGUCGACAGAAAAUAAGCUAACGUUAACAAGUCGUCAACCGGUCAGGUCCUCCAGUCUGGUCAGAACACAUAAAGGAUUGAGUUAGUGUCAUCAUAUGUUGACUGAAAACAGGAAACGGCAGCGCAGCGGUGGUGAUGAGGAGAGUGGCCACCUGGUGCCUCAAGCCAAAAGGCAGAGCAGAGCUCAUCCUCUCUCUCCUGAGCCAGGCCGAGAUGCGUGGGACUCGGAGGUACAAACCGCUGUCAGGCGAAAUAACAGUAAUACUGAAGAAACUUCAUCCAACAGUGAGAGCAGCAGCAGCAUCAGCAGUCCAGAACAUGCAGCUGGGAGCUGUAGCAGUCAGUGUGUUGUGGGCCCCUGCAGUCCCCUCAGCUCCGGGGACUCCCCCGAUCUGGCCCGCCCUACAAACCUGGUGUCCUACCUUCAGAUCAACCGCAUCCUGAAGCAUGCCCACUUCCAGAGUCUGCAGAGCCGAUGUCAACUUAGAGACACAUGACGACCUAAUGUCUCUCUGUCAGCCACCAGAGGACAGAGUCCCUGAGGGAUGCCAGAGCACCACAUGCUGAUUCACUUCACUCAGCUCUUCCCAUCUCCAGUUACUGUGAUAUCUUGCAGCUCUACAUAUCUGUGGAUAGAGACCAGCUCCUGGUCAGGUAUCUGGAGGGGGGGGGGGGAUUCAUUAUUCAAAUAAAUCAAAAGUGAUAAUCAUUUUAGCAAUAAUAACUGUGUGAUCAACUUAAAAAAAAUUUGUGAUCCACCUGA